CCACCGUAGACGGCUAUGCGCGACCGUCGUAAGUCGAGCCUCGUGUGUGCGGUCGUGGCAGUAAACACAGACAGCUGAGGGAGGCGGAAGGACGCGCGGGCCAGCCAACAUGGGCCUCUUCAGCUUUGACGUGAGAAGGUUCGACAUCUACCGUAAAGUGCCCAAGGACUUGACACAGCCCACGGUGACCGGAGCAGUGAUCAGCAUCAUAUGUGUCACGUUCAUGCUGUUGCUGCUGUUCCUGGAGUUCUUCCACUACUUAUCUGGAGAGCUAGUACAGGAACUACAUGUCGACAACCCAGGAGAGACAGCUGAGAGGAUUCCUGUGUACAUCAAAGUAGAGCUGCCUCGUAUCAAGUGUGAAUAUCUCGGGUUGGAUAUUCAGGAUGACCUCGGCCGCCACGAAGUAGGGUUUGUGGAGAACACGAUUAAGAACCCUGUUGGUGACAAGGGUUGUAUAUUUGAAGCCAACUUUCUCAUUAAUAAGGUACCAGGGAAUUUCCAUGUAUCAACACACUCAGCAGACAAGCAGCCUGAUGAGAUUGACUUUGCCCACAUAAUCCACGAGGUUCGUUUUGGCAGCAAGUUGAACCACCCAGACAUCAUUGGCAAAUUCAAUGCUCUCCAAUAUCGCUCCAAACUUGAUGGGAACUCGCUGGAGUCUCAUGAUUAUGUUAUGAAAGUUGUGCCGACAAUACAUGAAGAAUCCAUCGCAUACCAGUACACCCAUGCCUAUAGGAGUUACAUCUCCUUUGGGCAUGGUGGCCGUGUGGUACCAGCGCUGUGGUUCAAGUAUGACCUCACCCCCAUCACCGUCAAGUACCUCAGGAAGAGACAACCCUUCUAUUCCUUUAUAACCAAGACCUGUGCCAUCAUUGGAGGAACCUUCACCGUGGCAGGCAUUAUUGACUCUCUAGUCUUCUCAGCUUGGCAAAUCAUCAAGAAAAUUGAAAUUGGGAAACAGAGCUGAAUCUUUUAAGUAGGUAUGAACGCAUUUCUGUCUCCUAAGUACUUGGAGAGUAAGUAGACGGUUAGAUCAUGGGUUUCAUUUCUUUUCAUAACGCUUUCUUCAAUUUGUAUGACCUUCCACUCAACCUUUUUGAUACUGAAGCUUUGACUGUUGUACUGUUACUGUCGUAGCAUAAUUUUAAGUAAAUGAGAUGUCACAUUAGUUUUAUCUUGAUGAAACAAAGUAUGAGGACAUCACUGUUACAUAGUCUAAAGAUCUCCAUUGUAAGUCUUCCCAUUUUCAUUAUUUUGAUGUUUUUGUGUGUGCCUGUGUGUGUGUGUGUGUGUGUGUGAGUGUGUGUGUAGUUGAAGGGACUUGAGGCAAUCAAAUCCCUUGACUGAAAAGGUAAGAAGUAAAAAAAAGUAGUGUGUGUGAGUACACUAGAUUAGAGAACAUUCUCAUGACAAACAGUUGGUGACAAUCUUGCCUUUGAUGACUGUGUAUGUUAUAUUUCCUGAAAGUGUGUUUGUUGGAAGAGUUGGAAGAAGAUUUUCUUUUUUACCAAGAUGUAAACUGGUAACUGCAUUUUCUGAUAUCUUAGUGAUUAUAAUUAUUUGUGUCAGCGCUGCAUUGCCGACAUUAAAGCUUCCCUCUGCCGGGUGGAAUAGCUUGGUUGUUUUGAUAUUAAGGUUGCAGGAAAAAUGUGAUUAGUUUGUAAGUCUUCCUUAAUUCAUUUACCCAUACAGUGCACACACACACAAAUCACACCCCUUUACACAUGUACACACACACACACACACACACACUCUCAUGCAAUAUAUAUACACACGUUGCUAGGCAUGGGAGUUGUGGGAAGGGAGUUUCUCAACUUCAUAAUGUAUUGUUUAGAAAUCCAUCAGUAGCUGGUGGACAGGCGCAAUCAGAAAAAAAUUCAUUGUGCAUGUCCAUGGUCGGCCCCAAGAUAUUUAUUCCACCCUUGUUUGUGGUCCUAGAAAAGGCAUGGGUAAGGAAGGCUAAGGAGCUGGCAGGCAAAAUGACAGAUGAUGAAAUAGAGGUUUUGUGUAGAUACUGGAAAAGAGAAUGAGACUGAUUGUGUUGGGAAACUUUUAUUAGUAAAAGAGUAGACUGGGAGGCAAUGAUUGGGAAUAAUCUAAAAUUAUAUCUGACUGACAACAAUGUAUGGGUUUGUCGUCAUCAAGUUUCACUAGCAUGUAGGUCAUAGUUAAGAAAUAAGCUGUCAUUGUUGUGUUGAUCUGAGUGUUCAUAUCACCAUGAAAUCUCGCUCAGCCUUACUGUCUGAAGAACCAGAUAAUGCAAAUGGAAUAAUUGACAUUGGUCUCCACAGGUCAUAAGUCACCAUGUGAAGGCAUCUGAAUAUUUCGUCCUUUAAUUAAGCUUUCUGCAGUUAACAUUUUGUCAUGCAGGGCAGUCAUGCAGCCAGUAUUGCCAAGCUUCUCUAAUUGUUUCUCAGUGUGCCCAGUAAGGUUAACCUGAAAUUUUGUAGGGUUGUGCUGCCUGCCACACUGACUUUCGUAUCCACAGACAGAAGAGCCCAGACUACCUCAUUGUUCCUUUUGUGUAAUUUUGCAUCAUGUCAUCUUAAAACAGCAUUGCAUUCUUAGUAUCAUUCAUCGCUGUCAUCUUCAUUGGUCACUAUGCUCUCCACCAAGAAUGGGUUGGUUCUUAGCCUUUCUAGUACGUGGAAAUGAAAUGGGAAAAUAAACUGUGAUAUCUUUGACAGAGUAAUUGAUAAUGACAUUUUUCUCUACUGUAAGUUCAGAACAUCUCAUAGAUCAAGGCCAAGCGGGCUAUAGUGUCUGCUGUUCUGGGCAUUUUUAUUGCAUUCCAACUACUUGUAGAGCAUAGCCAUAGAUUUAUAUUUUUUUUGGUUUGUUUUUCACUGUCAAGACUAAACAAUGUAGAACUUAACCUUUUUGCCACUCAAGGGAAAUCAGCAUUGAUGUGUUUUACUGUGAAUGCUUUCCUUCUACAAGUCUGAAGACAUUUUGGUUUUAGCAACCCAUGCAUGCAAUAACUACAUACUAAUAUUUAGGACAGAAAUUAACUUUAGCCGUGAUAUUUGAGAAAACUAAUCAAAAUACUGAAGGCUUUAGAUGGCAUAAUAUGGGGUCAGGGAAGUAACCUCUUGUAUCUUCACUUCUAGUAUUGGAAUAGAAGUGAGUUUUUUCCAAACCAAUCAAAAUGUUUGCACAGAUGAGUAAUCAAAAUGCAGGUAUGUAAUCCACGGCGUGACCACAACAGCAGCGCUUGUUGUUCCGUUCUGCUGCAGCAAGACACUGACUCCCUCACCCUGACCUUGACUUUCAUGUUGUUUGAGUAAAGCAGGGAUAGUUGUUGUUUUUUAGUAAUUUUAUUGAGUUCAGUAUCAGCGAUUAUAAUGUUACUGGAAAAUUAAUGUUUGUUAGGUUUGUAAAACAACCUAUUAGAAUUGCUUAUUUAAACAUACUGCCAAUAUAUAUAGGAAAAUGAAUUUUUAUUUAUAUUAUUUACUUCAUCUAAGUAUCUAUAUAUUUUUUUUUAUAAUGAAAGGCUAUACUGCAAUAGUCUUUGUGUCUUUAAAUAUUUCAUGUUAAAUGACCUUUUAACCAAGUUAAGCUAAACCUUUGUAAUGUAGUACAAAACUUGAAAUAAGAUGAUGUUGCUGUCAGCAGAGUUAUGCUGAAAGGAAUGCAGUUUUAUAACAAUUUCAUUCAAAAUUUUUCAUUUCUGGAAAAGCCACUUAUUUUUAACAUGACUAAUUUUUGUAACUAAUUUGUACAUUGCAAAUGCUAGGUCACUUGGCACAAGGGUCACUUCAUAAUACUCUCAGUAUUUUUAUGUUGAUUUGAAACAACUCUGUCUCAGAUAUAGUGAAAAAAAAGUUGUCAAGUAGUUUACAUUGCCAUCUGUAGGAUAAUUUUAAGAUAUGAAUAAUUUUAGCUCAGGAGACAUUCCAUAGCAGGCCGCCUCAUCCCUGGCCAAGUAACCCGGCGGCAAGCCUUGCACAAAGCAGCAGUGGCACACUGGCCCACUGCUGGUGUGCUGCUUUUGCUUCUUUUAGAUCAGCAUCACUCUGCUGUGUUUUCAUUUUGUUCAGAUCAUUAGACUGUCAAAUGAUAAAGAUUUUACUGAGGGCUGGUAACUGUUUGAAUCAUGUUACUGAAUUGAAAUCACAAGUUAAAAAAUUCAAUGGACAUUUAUAAUUGUCACAAAUCUAAUUCCAGUGAGACUACACGGCUGUUCUUUUUAUGCAAUUGGUAUUAGUCACCAAGAACAGCUUGCACUAUAUAUUGGCUGGCAGCCAUUUUUAGAACAGGACAAGUCACAGGAGCAUUGGCUCAACAUUCACAUAACGAUGAUAUGUGCUACUUCCCUCUCAUUGUGACAGUGCCUUUGUAUUCCAGCCAGCCAUUUGAAUUUUCCAUCUAUAUACACACACACACACACAUAAUCUUCAACCAAGAGUGGCAUUAAGUUUGGGGAUCCCCCUAUUUUACUUUAUUUGUCAUACUUUACUUCUCAAACAGCUGUCGGUAAACCUCCUGUAGAUGGCAUAAUGGUGUAACACUUGCGCUGGAUAAGAAUGCUGCCUCUGAUUUGAGCAUUGCUUGCUUUCCACUGAUAACGCUAGCUUCUGCACUUUACCUGAUCUUAAGCUUCUGGUGGGUGAAAAGCUUAUCUGUAAUUUCAUGUUUCCACUUUGGUUUGAUAUGGUCAUGAUCAUAAUUUCUCUCAGAAAUACUCAAUUUCUUAUGCCUGUGGUUUCCUUCGUCAGUUAUUAAAGUCCCUGCAGGAAAUACGAGUAUCUAUAAUAAUUGGAAGUGGUGUGGCCACAUGAUCUGCCAUAGCCACCCCUCAGGUGGAGUUUCCAGAGGGAACAAAACUUCUCGGAUAUAGAUAGAUAGAGGAGAUGUUGCCCUCAUGGGAAGUUAAAAGAGUUUUAGAAUAUGUUGAGGUGAAAGAGAAAAGGACAAAUCUGGAAAUGAUGUAAUAUGGAUUGGGAAAGUUGGGAGACACUUGCUGUAGUUAUCCUUGUGAUGAAAGUAACAUGAGUAGGCAUUAGAAUUAACAGGUGGAUAUGUAGUGAGCUUAACUGAACAGUGACCAAAGGACUGAAUAAUCAGUGAUGAGGAGAUCCAUGGUGUAGUAGCCCUGAUUGCCUAUCUGUGCUUGGUUUUGAUCCUGGCUUAGGGCCAUCAGUACCCAGCUCACCCUCCCUUUUAGCCUGACUGAUAAUUGGGUACCCAGAGAAGGUAAACUAUAGAAGCCUGGAUGUCACUUCCCUGUUUCCUAGAGUUGUGGGUUCUUACCCGCCAUAGGUUCAUGGCCCAGUAAGAGUGAGCACCGAGGCAGCUCAUUGUAUGCCUUUACCUCACAUCUAAGACCAUGUAGUCAGCCACUCCAAAAUCAUCAAGGAACUAUUUGACCAUCAAGAAUUUUAGUUAGAUUUCAUCAUGAUUCUUUUUAGCAACUUUGUUAACCUUUCAACACUGAUUGAGUUGUGAUACAGCUGGAGCAGGCUAAUAAUCAUCAUUUGUGUUGUUUGAGCACAGGUUGGUUGCAUUAUUGGCCGAAAAAUAACAUGCCACCUCUUAUUUUAUGUGCUUAGUCAUAGUGUCUGAAUAUUCUUGUUAAAAUUUUUGAGUUGUUUAGUAUAUUAAAAAGAUUUUACUGCCUACUGAAGUAUGUAUUUAAUUAUUCAUACACCUCUAUUUUUUUAUUGUACAUAAAUACUUUGUUUUGGGGGGUUGGUGAGGGAAGGGUUCAGUACUUUUGGUAAAGGUAGUUUGUACUAACACUUGAGAAAAUGCACAUUUGUGGUACAAGUAAAAUUUUGUAUUAUUUCAAAUUUCAAGGGAUGUUGGUACUAAUGGAACUAUGUUUGUUAUAUUUUUAAGAGUCCUCUCAUCCAGGGGUGCAAGGUCAAAUUUUCAACUCAGAAAAUAUAUUGGCAUUUUUUGCUUUGAGUCUGUCAACAAACUGUUCAAGAUGUGAGCGUGGCAUUCCAGUGGGAUGUGGCAGUAAUGUACCCCUGUCACAUCAUUAAAGUGUGUGUGUAUACUUUUUGUAGAAAAUGAUUAGCUCUAUCUUUGGUGCUUAAUAAAUUGUGAUUUAACCUUUA